AAAUCCGUUUGCUUUAUCUUUUUUCUCUUUGUUUGGCGAGACAGAAAGCGGAAUGCUAAGACUGAGAAACUUGGAAGAAAAUCAGCGAUGGUGGUGAGAAAAGUUGGCAAGUAUGAGAUUGGAAGAACAAUCGGAGAAGGAACCUUCGCCAAGGUUAAGUUUGCGCAAAAUACGGAGACCGGCGAAAGUGUUGCCAUGAAAGUCCUGGAUCGUAGCACCAUUAUCAAGCACAAAAUGGUCGAUCAGAUCAAAAGGGAGAUAUCUAUAAUGAAGCUUGUUAGGCAUCCGUACGUUGUUCGGUUGCACGAGGUCAUAGCAAGUCGGACUAAGAUAUAUAUAAUCUUGGAGUUCAUUACUGGCGGUGAAUUAUUUGAUAAAAUAGUUUAUAAUGGCCGUCUUAGUGAAGCAGAAGCUAGAAGAUACUUCCAACAGCUUAUUGAUGGUGUGGAAUAUUGCCAUAAUAAAGGAGUCUACCACAGAGAUUUGAAGCCUGAGAAUCUUUUGCUUGAUUCCCUAGGAAACUUAAAGAUUUCAGAUUUUGGCCUUAGCGCGAUACCAGAACAAGGAGUUAGCCUCCUCCGGACAACAUGCGGGACUCCUAACUAUGUGGCUCCAGAGGUUCUAAGCCACAGGGGGUAUGAUGGUGCUGUGGCAGAUGUUUGGUCUUGUGGGGUCAUCCUUUACGUUUUGAUGGCAGGUUAUCUUCCAUUUGAUGAGCUUGAUCUCACCACUCUCUACAGUAAGAUUGAGAGAGCAGAGUUUUCUUGCCCUUCUUGGUUUCCUGUGGGAGCAAAAUCGUUGAUCCAUAGAAUUCUAGACCCAAACCCUCAAACUCGUAUGACAAUUGAGCAAAUCAGGAGCGAUGAAUGGUUUAAGAAGGGUUAUGUUCCUGUCAGACUUCUUGAGUAUGAAGAUAUUAACUUGGAUUAUGUAAAUGCUGUUUUUGAUGAUCCAGAGGUUGAUAAGGAAGGAAGUGGUGAUGAGCCUUCAGGAAAUGAUGAUAUUGGUCCUUUGAGUCUUAAUGCGUUUGACUUGAUUAUUCUUUCUCAAGGCUUGAACCUUGCAACGCUUUUUGACCGUGGGAAGGACGACAUGAAGUAUCAGACACGAUUUGUUUCACAAAAGCCAGCAAGGGUUGUGCUGUCUACCAUGGAAGUUGUUGCACAGUCGAUGGGCUAUAAGACACACAUUCGCAAUUACAAGAUGAGGGUUGAAGGUCUUUCAGCUAAUAAGAGUUUUCAUUUGUCAGUUAUCCUCGAAGUUUUUGAUGUCGCUCCCACAUUUGUUAUGGUAGAUAUUCAAAAAGCAGCUGGUGAUGCUGGAGAAUACCUACAGUUUUACCAGGCAUUUUAUAGCAACCUCGAGGAUAUCAUAUGGAAACCACCAAAUGAGUCAAACAAAUCCAAGAGUAAAAGGCGUUGAUCUAUUGUUCCAUAACAUUGCCAGUUUUUUUGACAUAUGCUUCGGAUUCCGACCUUGAGGUAUAUUGUAUUGCUUACAGCUUCCAAAUUCCUCUGCUGGAGAAAUAGGAAAUUA